GCUGGCGACGGCACGACAGGUGGAGCGUCCGCACCCGGGGCCCGGCAGCGUUCGUGGGCUGGUCAGGUGUUCGCAGUAGGAGUCAAGUUUUGGAAGAAGCAGUUCUAUACACCGGCCACUGUUAGACUGACAACAUGCGGCUGCUUGUGCUCCUUACAAUCUGCGCUUACGUCAAAACCCAGGAUUAUAACGACCUGGUCACCUUGGCUCUGGGGGGCACCGGUGAUAGGUGCGGCAAGCGCUGCGACGUCGGGUACUCAUGCGAAGUGCAGCAGUGCCGCUGCGAAGUCUGCAUCAAAGACAAACCCACGUGCAAAACUCUCAAUUGUGCAAAGAAUGAGAAGUGUGUGGAUACGCCUGCGGGCCCCGUCUGCAAGCCGCUGACCUGUAACGACAUUUACUGCGCCGCUGGCGAGCUGUGCAACGAACUGCCGGAUGGUCCCGACUGCGUCCCAGACGUGCCGUCGUGCGAGGGCUUCUACUGCCGCCGUGGCACCAACUGCUACGUACGCGGCGGCUCGCCCAUCUGCCUGCCGAACACGUGUAUGGUGCGCGUGUGCGAACCCGGCCUGACCUGCAUUGACACCGUCGACGGCGCCCUCUGCCGACGCGGCACCAAGACGGGCGGUUGCGAGGGCCGCUACUGCCCCACCAACAGCAAAUGCGUGGACGAGCCGCCACUUGGGCCACACUGCGCCCUUAUCUGAAGCCGUGGCGAGCGCGCGCCGACCGCGGCCAGGCGCGCGUGCCCGGGCACCGGCCCCGACCGGGCCGUCCAACCCGAGGCCCUGUGAUAUUGUCAUUACGCGGAGCCUUGUAUGCGAGGGCGAGGUUGGGUGGUUAGUCGCCAUAAACGGGACAUGGAACGUG